UCGUUCCGAAUCUAGAUUCGGAAUUCCCUGUUUCAUUGACCUUAUAUUGCGACGAUAGCCAUGGAAACUUCACCCUUUUCCAUACAGUCCAAAACCACAAAAUACACCAUUUUAAAACCAAAAUUGCCUCUCAGUACUCUUGUUUGCCAGUUCCUAUUUGUUGACUUCCUCUCUGGAGACAAGCUGGCCUUAGGAGGGAGGGAGGUCCUUAUAUCAGAUACUGGAAAGAGAUGGAAGUUUUGGAGCCUCAUAAAACUACUGAUAGACAAAAGCACCGGCCUUUAACUCCGUUUAGAUUAAUUAGGGGUUUGAUAUGUCUAAUGGUGUUCUUCUCUACUUCAUUUAUGUUUUUAAUAUAUUUUGGGCCCUCGACCUUCUUGACACAGCUUGCCAGCAGACACUAUAGGAGAAAAGUAACAUCUUUCCUCUUUUCUCUUUGGCUAGCUUUAUGGCCCUUUUUAUUUGAAAAGAUAAAUGGGACUAAAGUUGUAUUUUCCGGAGAUGCUGUCCCUGCAAAAGAACGUGUUUUGAUUAUUGCCAAUCACAGUACUGAGGUUGAUUGGAUGUACUUGUGGGAUCUUGCAUUGCGGAAAGGGUGCCUCGGCUCCAUUAAGUAUAUCCUCAAGCGCAGCUUGAUGAAACUACCUCUCUUUGGUUGGGGUUUUCAUAUUCUGGAAUUCAUUUCAGUUGAUAGGAAAUGGGAAGUUGAUGAACCUGUCAUGCGUCAAAUGCUUUCAACUUUUAGGGACCCUCGAGAUUCCUUGUGGCUUGCUCUUUUUCCUGAAGGGACUGAUUUUACAGAGCAGAAAUGCCUAAAGAGUCAAAAAUUUGCAGCUGAAGUUGGACUUCCCGUGUUGACAAAUGUGUUGCUUCCAAAAACAAGGGGUUUUUGUCUUUGCUUGGAAGUUCUUCAGGGUUCCUUGGAUUCAGUUUAUGACAUAACCAUUGCAUACAAGCAUCAGUGCCCCACCUUUAUGGACAAUGUAUUUGGUGUGGGUCCUUCAGAAGUUCACAUUCAUGUUAGACGCAUCCCAGUGAAGGAUAUCCCAACCUCUGAUAGUGAAGCUGCUACUUGGUUAAUGAAUACCUUCCAGUUCAAGGAUCAGUUGCUCUCAGAUUUCAGAGCUCAUGGCCAUUUCCCUAAUGAAGGAACACAGAGAGAACUUUCUACAUUGAACUGCUUGGUAAAUUUUACAAUCGUAAUUUCCUUGACCGCAAUAUUUACUUAUCUCACCUUUUCUUCAUCAUUUUGGUUCAAAACAUAUGUAAUUUUAGCAUGUGCAUUCCUUGCCCUAGUUAGUUACUUUAAAAUUUGGCCAUUACCAAUUACAGGCUCGUUCACACAAAUGUUUCAUUUCAAGAAAAUUUAGUAGCUAAUAGUUUGCCUCUGAAGAUUGUCAAAUACAAGUUAGACCUUUUUGUGAACUUGUUUAUAAAUUAUAGGAAGUUUUUUUAUUUCAAUAUUGUUUUUA